AUGUUCGCAGCAAUCCCACCAGCACAGUCCUACGCCUUCCAAGCGUCCUGCUCGCACUAUACACCAAUGCAUCCGUCUCCAUUGUCGCCGCGCAGCUCGACGCUUGUCUCAGCACGGCCAAUGAACGGAGGUCCCUCCGCAUCAACAGCAUACACCGAAUGUCCCGCAACAAGCAACACAGACCGAGCAAACUCGGAAUCAACCCAAGCACACAACUUUUCCUUCUGUACUGAAAACACCAACUCUACCACUACCGCGACCACAAAAUCAAGUCCCUUCUCCCCGCGCUCCCGUUCCUCCCCCACCUACGCACAACGCUACGCAGCCCUCUCCAACCCCCUCAACAAUGCCUCCCGCACAUACGCCACCUCGAUCUCACCAUCCGCGCGCAACGCACGACGGACCGUCUUCCUCAAUCGAAUCAAGGCCGACCGCGACGCGGAGCGCUUCGAAAACCGUGGCGAGCAGCUGAUGAUGAUGGAGCAUGUGGCGGAGCAGAAGCAGUGGGGGGAGCUGAUGCGGAGGCGGGCGGAUGGGCUCAUGGAGGCGUAUCAGCUGAAUGAGGAUGUAGGGGAGGAAAUGGAUGGUAUUGAUGAUGCGGAUGUGCGUGCUUUGGAUGAGUACGUGUCUGAGGAGCAGGCUAUGGAAACUGCGCUGUUGGAGACGGCGCAUGUGCCAUUCGGGAAUACGGGCAGAACGCAUGAGGCGAACUCGUUCAGUGAUGAGGAGUAUGAUGAUAUUUUCAUGGGUCUGGCUGAUCAAGUACCGCAGAGCCAGGACAUGGAUAUGUCGAGUGGAUGA